CUCAUCCACGCAGAGGUCUCGCCUCUCCCUCCCAGCCACGUCUUCGUCUGCAGAGUCCCGUGGACACUGGGGCCAAUUCAGAGGGGGAGCAUGGAGCUGCUGUCCACCCCCCACAGCAUCGAGAUCAACAACAUCACCUGCGACUCCUUCCGCAUCUCCUGGGCCAUGGGGGACAGCGACCUGGAGAGGGUCACCCACUACUUCAUCGACCUCAACAAAAAGGAGAAUAAGAACUCCAACAAGUUCAAGCACCGGGAUGUCCCCACCAAGCUUGUGGCCAAGGCGGUGCCACUGCCCAUGACAGUGAGAGGCCACUGGUUCCUGAGCCCCCGCACGGAGUACAGCGUGGCCGUGCAGACGGCGGUGAAACAGAGCGACGGCGAGUACCUGGUGUCCGGCUGGAGCGAGACGGUGGAGUUUUGCACUGGCGAUUACGCCAAGGAGCACCUGGCGCAGCUGCAGGAGAAGGCGGAGCAGAUCGCCGGCCGCAUGCUGCGCUUCUCCGUCUUCUACCGCAACCAUCACAAGGAGUACUUCCAGCACGCCAGGACCCACUGCGGGAACAUGCUGCAGCCUUACCUAAAAGACAACAGCGGCAGCCACGGCUCCCCCACGAGCGGCAUGCUGCACGGCGUGUUCUUCAGUUGCAACACCGAGUUCAACACCGGCCAGCCCCCGCAGGACUCCCCCUACGGCCGCUGGCGCUUCCAGAUCCCCGCCCAGCGCCUCUUCAACCCCAGCACCAACCUCUACUUUGCGGACUUCUACUGUAUGUACACGGCCUACCACUACGCCAUCCUGGUGUUGGCGCCCAAGGGCUCCCUGGGCGACCGCUUCUGCCGCGACCGCCUGCCCCUCCUGGACAUUGCCUGCAACAAGUUCCUGAGCUGCAGCGUGGAAGACGGGGAGCUGGUCUUCCGCCACGCCCAAGACCUCAUCCUGGAGAUCAUCUACACGGAGCCCGUCGACCUGUCCCUGGGCACCCUGGGGGAGAUCAGCGGGCACCAGCUCAUGAGUCUCUCCACGGCUGAUGCCAAGAAAGACCCCAGCUGCAAGACCUGCAACAUCAGCGUGGGCCGCUAGGGACCCCCUCCUCGGGGCUGGGGGCUGGGGAGAGAGGGCGGGAAGGCUGGAGAUGAGUGGCAGAGCUUCAGGGAACUGGCUUUCUCUCCCCUGCCCCCCUUGGUCCACUCCCUGCAUUCCACCUAUCUUGCCCCGUCUCCCACCCCCUGGCAUUGGAGGCAACAGAUGGUGGUCCCCUUGAUCAGUGGCGCCUAGCCCAGGCCCAGCGGACUUGGGGGGCUUCUUAGCCUCUGUGGGCUGGGAUUCUGGAGCACUCUCCCUGCCUCUGGGUACCCUGUCCUGUGGUUCCCUGCGGUCUCCCAGAGGCCCCGGCUGCCUCCUUUACUCCCCCAGGAAGUGUCUCCGAGCCAAAGGCCAUGCAAAGGGAGACACAGAUGGCCUUCCUCAGCCCCACCCCACUCAGGGCCACCCCAGAACGUCCCCUCCUGGACAGCUGGGCCUUGGGGGCUUCCCCCAGAGGGCCUAGACCCCUGCCCCCUAUAUAAAUAGUCUGCUCCAGCGUCACGCCCUGGCUGCUCCCAGACCCUCUUCCUGCAUGGGGGAGCUGCACUGCCUUCGCCCCCUGCC